CACUACUUCCUGCACGGCUCAGUUUAGAGCUUCAGCAACAAAUUGAAAUUGGAUGUUAUUCUUUUUCAUUUUGGAUUUUAAUGGCAGCUGGUGUGUUCUCAAGUCUCUGAAGCCAGAGUUAUGGGUUUUAAAGUAGCAACAGUUGGAUUCCUUUUCUUCUUUCUCUCUGUAUCAGUGAUACAGGGUCAAAAUAACCGGGCAGUGACUUACACCUCUACUCAGAUCUGUGCCUUAGCAGGAUCAACAGUGGACAUACGCUGCAGCUACACAUACCCAUCCGGAGGAAAUGAUCCAGCUACAACAGUUACAGAAACAUUAUGGUUCACGAAAGGAGGUGAUUUUGCACCAGUGGAUCUGACAACAGAUGCAGAGUACGCAGGUCGUGUACAGUACAGUUCUACUGACAAGGACUGCACUCUGAGAAUCACAGACCUGAGAGAGAGCGACUCAGCUGUGUACAAGUUCAUGUUCAUAACACACCAACCAGAUGGGAGAUUUAUUGGUUCACCUGGAGUCACUCUGUCUGUCACAGCUCUCCAGGUGAGGUCCAAGGUCUUCAAACCAAGUGUACCAAGUGUCCAUGCAGAGCUGUCUUGUGAAAGCACAUGUCAGCUACCUGGUCCUCCGACCUACUUCUGGUAUAUAAGUGGAAGGAGUUCGAUCAAAGGACAGACAAAGGAAGGAAAAACUUACGAAACUAACUUUUAUUAUAAAGACAGUUUUGCCUGCGCUAUAAGAGGAUUUGAAGAAUUUGCAUCUCGUCCAGAGUGUGCCCAUAAGAGAUACUGCAACAUAGUGUCCUACAACAAGAGAAGCAUUUGUGCCUUCAAGGGCUCAUCCGUGGACAUUUCUUGCUCUUAUUAUGGCUAUGAACUAGGCUUAUAUCUUGCAUUCAAAUUCUGGUUCAGCCCUGGACGCAGUCAUCAGUGGCAGAAUCCUUCACAGCCCGAGGACCUUACUCAAGACCCUCGGUACGCAGGUCGUGUUCAGUUUAGCGUAUCGGGAAGUGUGGCAACAGAGAGAGGACUUGCAACUCUGAGCAUCAAUGACCUGAGAGAGAGCGACUCAGCCGAGUAUCGCUUCAAAUUCAGAGCACAACGCUUUGAAUGGCAGACUGAUUUACCUGGUACAACGCUGACUGUCGCAGCUCCCCGGGUGCAAGUGACAAAAGUAGUGGUCCAGCAGUCUGUUACUGAGGCAGAGUUGAGGUGUCAGAGCAGCUGCAGUCCAGCUGGUCGUCUCUCCUACGUCUGGUUCAAGAACGGAGAGAUUGUCAAAGGAGUAACGUAUUCUUACAGAGGCCAGUUUCAUCUUGGAGACAUCAUCUCCUGUGCUUUCAAAGGAUAUGAGAAUCACCGCUCUCCUUCAGUCUAUGCUCCAAAGCUUCCCUCUGUGUCAGCGCGUCCCUCGGCUGACGUAGCAGAGGGCAGUUCAGUGACUCUGACCUGUAGCAGUGAUGCUAACCCAGCAGCUAAAUACACCUGGUACAAGGAGAAUGGAAAUCCAGACCUUAAACCUCUCAGUAAUAAACCACAGCUUGUCUUCAGCUCCAUCCAGUCCUCUGACUCCGGACAGUAUUACUGCACAGCUGAAAAUGAGUUGGGGAGGAGGACGUCUGGAUACAUCUUUAUCAAUGUGAAGUAUGCUCCAAAGACCUGCUCUGUGUCAGUGAGUCCCUCUGCUGAGAUAGUGGAGGGCAGUUCAGUGACUCUGACCUGUAGCAGUGAUGCUAACCCAGCAGCUAAAUACACCUGGUACAAGAAGAAUGGAAAUCCAAACCUUAAACCUCUCAGUACAGAACCACAGCUCGUCUUCAGCUCCAUCCAGUCCUCUGACUCUGGAGAGUAUUACUGCACAGCAGAGAACAAGCUGGGGAGGAGGACGUCUGAAUCCAUCUCUAUUGAUGUGAAAUAUGCUCCAAAGCUUCCCUCUGUGUCAGUGAGUCCCUCUGCUGAGAUAGUGGAGGGCAGUUCAGUGACUCUGACCUGUAGCAGUGAUGCUAACCCAGCAGCUAAAUAUACCUGGUACAAGGAGAACCAAAAACUGCCUCAAGGACCAGAAGGCAUCUAUCAUUUCACCUCCAUCAGCUCUGAGGACAGAGGACUCUACUACUGCAAGUCUGAGAAUCAAUAUGGAUGGAUCAGCUCUGACUCUUUGUUCAUAGAUGUCCUGUAUGCUCCAAAGCUUCCCUCUGUGUCAGCGAGUCCUUCUACUAAUGUCGCGGAGGGCAGCUCAGUGAAUGUGACCUGUAGCAGUGAUGCUAACCCAGCAGCUAACUAUACCUGGUACAAGGAGGAUGAAGACUCACCAAAAGCAUCAGGACAGAUCUUCACCAUCACCGACUUCACAGCUGAACACAGUGGGAAUUAUUACUGUGAAGCCCAGAACAAACUAGGACAUCAAAAUGCUACCAUUUGUCUGACCCUUGCACCAGGAAGAGGAAAACUCCGGACUCCACCAAUGCACCAAAUGACCCUGCACACAGUAUGAAGUUAGACUCCGGUCCUGAGUACCAGCAAGUCUCAACCUUGAAGUCCAGCACUGCAGCGAAGACUGAAGACAAAGAGGAGCAGGAGGAACUCAUGUGAAGCAUCACAAAUCACAUCAUGCACAGUGUGUGUUUUCAACAGUGUUAAUUUCGUUGAUGAAAACUAUGACAAAGAGUUUCCAUCAACAACCUUUUUCCAUGACAAAAACAAAAGCAUUAACGAGCUAAAAAUAGAUUUUGAUCAUAAAAACUCAAAAUCUAUGUUUCAUUUUCGUUGAUGAGAGGAAACGUGACGACAACGUUCAUGGUUGACUGUCGGACAUUGAAACCCGAGAACGGCCGUGCUUGUAAUUAUCUUUAAAUACCACAUGAGCGCCUGGCUGACAAACUCCAGUGAAUAGUCAGCGCAAAAAUUUGUCUAGAUUAAAUUUUUAUACAACCUGUCACACUGACUCUAAUUUCUAAUACAUAAAUCAGCCUCACUGGAUUAGUUUAAAGAUAAAAAAAAAAUGUCUGAAUUUUUUGCCGACUAAAACCGUUUUGAGUUUUCGUCGACUAAAGCUUGACUAAAAUUACAAAGGAUAAAAAUGACUAAAAUGUGACUAAAGCCAAUGAGCAUAUUCACUUGGUUUAAGUCACUGGUUUUCAAUUGUUUAAAUCAAACAGAAUCUCAGUAGUAUCACACCCCGAUGGCACAUUUCUUUAAGUGUUGCAGCAACUGACUGAAACAAAUUAGCCUGGUAAGACUGUCCUGAUGACGUCAGCUCAACAGACUCUAGCCCCUUUUACACUGCCAGAUUUUCCGCCAAUGUUGGGCCAUUAUGCCAGCAAGCUGCGAGCGUUUAAACACACAGAGCCAGAUUGGCGAAUUGAUCUGAGGUGCCCAAUUUUCAGCCUUGUAGGGUAGACAUUGGCAGAACCCCUUCAGUUUAAAAAGAAUGAGGCGGCCUUCCGCAACGGGAGGGGCUGUUGAUGA